UGCAGAUCACACGGGUCAUUUUUUGUGUCUUCCUUGAGAACGAUUUUGCCAUUUACAAGAAGAAAAUGGCCAUCUUUCAAGACAAUGACAUCGAGGUUACGGAGGAGCAGCUGAAGGGAGACAGCACACCUCCGUCAACAAAAUCCACAACCAAGGAUGAGACCAAGGACGGUGAAAAGGGUAAAGAGGAAGCCGUUGACGAAGAGGAGAAUGACGAUGGAGCGGGACCAGACGAGGGAGAUGUAGAGAUGGCGAGUCAAACCCCAGAUGAAAAUCUAACUAAUAUGGAGUCAGAGCAACAGCAGAAUGAUGAUGAGCACGAAAAGCACGAGGAAGACAAGGAAAUGGCCAUCGACGAGAAGGAAGAGGACGAUAAAGGAAAGGAAACCAGCAAAGAUAAGGAGGAUGACAAAGAGCAAGAGCAACCUGUCGCAGAGAAAGAUAACGACCCCCAAAACGCUAGCAUGGAGGUGGGAGAUACAGCUGAACCCAUGGCUGGCACCAGCAACGGAGAGGAAAUAAAACCUGCUAAGAUCUCAGAAGAACCUUCUUUGAACAUACCUGAAGACCCAAAGCCCAAAGACUCUGCUGAGAACAAAGAAUGACCUGCUGAGAGGAGAACAAUCAACCUCAUCUGACAGCCAGAAAACUGUGCAAAGGCCAACCCCUCUGGUGUCAGACUGGCCCAUGUCAGAAUGGGCUCUGACGCUGGCCCAGGACAACCAGUUUCUCCACACGACGCUCACAUUCCCAACUUUAAUUAGCUUCCCACCUCUCCAUUCCUCCCUGAAGUAUGUAUGUACUGUAUGUAAAUGUAUGUAUGUACAAAACCUUGCUAUAGGACUUGAACAUAUCAACCAGAAAAGAUGAGCCAUACCUCACUGUGUGUUAGCCAUCCAUCAUUUUGCCAGCAGGGUGCAAAAAGAUGAAGCGGGUUCAAAUCUCCAUUUGCUAAAAGCCACUGUGAGAGCUCGGCCAAGCUGCCAGUGGACAGCCGCCGCAGCCCCUCCAUGUUAAAACCCCCGACUGGAUGAGGCUUAACAUCAACCUUGAUCCUGCACAUCCAACACGGCAGUACACAGGUUAAUAUUCUGCAUUUAUGGGGCUUUUAGAGUGCACCGCACUAACACCGGCUUUGUUUCGUCACCUGCUGGUGCAGCACCAAGUCAAUGUGCCAUUUCCCCAUCAUCUGUUAACAUCCCAGAUCACGCACACAAACCAGGAUGUGAGUGUCUCUUAACAAAUUGAUUAGUUCUUUUUCUCCCCCCGUUUUCUUCGCCUUUUUCAGUGCAUGCCAGAAGAUUGCUUUGAAUUUCACUGACAUAAACUACAACUAGUCCUCUUCGCUUUUGCUCGUCUUCUUUCCAGAUUGUUUAAUUGUAUGGAAGGAAUCUGCCUUAUUUCAUAUCAGACAAAAAAAAAAAUGGUGUCAGACUUUUGGAGGUGGGCCAAGUAUGAUUUAUGUUUUCUUGUGUUUUGCUUGCAGAUGAUUUGUACUUUAAUUACAUCACAUACAUAAUGACUAUUACCUGUUGUUAAUCAUUUUUAGUUUUGUUUUCUUGGGUUCAACUUAAAAUGGUUUUGCUUUCUUUUCAUAGUUGGAUAAUGAUUCAUUAAUUAUUUUUGGUGGUGCCAUACUAAAGAGCAAAUGAAUUACACUUCAAUGAAAUGAUGAUGCCUUCAUACUUUGAUGUUUGCUUUGCUAAACUAUAACAGAAACGACUAAUAAAGUUUAAAUUCAAAGCC